CUACUUUACCUUCAACUGCGUCAUAUCCUGUCAAAUAAACAUGCGCAUUGGCUUGACUCUUCUCUGGACAGCUGUAGGAGAAAAUGGCAGCACACAUGCUAGGACAGCAGGUCCGUCAGUUAAGCACGACUGCGAUCAGACCUGCAGCUAAGCUGAUCAGGCCUCCCAUCCAGGUCUAUGGAGUAGAGGGCCGCUAUGCCACUGCUUUAUUCUCUGCUGCCAGUAAGCAGAAGAAACUGGACCAAGUGGAGCAGGAGCUAGUGAAAGUCUCUGCAAUGAUCAAGGACCCCAAAAUGUCCAGUAUUGUAUUGGAUCCUCAUAUAAAGCGCAACAUCAAGAUGAAGACCGUCAGUGAUGCUCUUACAAAGGCUAAGGCUUCACCCAUCACACUCAACCUCAUGAAUGUUUUGGCUGAAAAUGGUCGUCUCAAUAUCACUGGUGAAGUCAUCGCUGCUUUUGGCAAAAUGAUGAGUUCUCAUCGUGGGGAGGUCCUCUGCUCAGUCACUACUGCUCAGCCUUUGGAUCAAGCUAAUCUCGCUGAGCUGAAGUUGGCUCUCAAUGGAUUUCUCCAGAAGGGUGAAACUAUCAAGCUGAAAAUAAAGUCGGAUCCUUCCAUCCUUGGUGGUAUGAUCGUCAGUAUCGGGGACAGGUAUGUGGACAUGUCCACCAAAACAAAGAUUCAGAAGCUCUCCAAGCUCAUCAGGGAGACUUAAGUCCUGUGGACUUAACUUUGCAGAAGAUCAGAUCUAUCUGUGGGGGAAAAAGCUGAAAAUGUAAAAUUGCUACCUGUUCUAGCAUUUGCUCCAUAAAUCCAGUGUCUGUGCUUGAGUUCUUAUUGAUGUUAAUAAAAAUAAACCACAACACA